AUGGCCCCUCUCGAUCCCGAACCACCAGACGAGGAUCAUGAUCCAUCUACUACCCACCCCGCCAAAAGAAAGACAACCGCGAAUGGCACUCCGCGACGAGCCUCUGCUGCAAAAGGAGAUAGCAAUGGCAUUUCUCCCAAACCAUCCAGCGGCACGACAACCCCAAUGCGAAAAGCCUCGGCGCAAAAUAAAACCAAAACACCAAACACAGCUCCGGCUCGCGCGCGGACUGGAGCGAAGAAAGCGGAGCCUACACUGCUUGGUGACUUUCUGCUAGGAAGACCGAGUCCUACACGAAAUCGAAGGAAAAGUGUUGAUGUUGUCAAAGCUGAGAUGCGGGAGAAUCUUGUAGGCAAAGUGCAGCCACCGGGAGCAGUAAAAGACAGAGUCAAGACAUGGCAGAAGGCGAACGCUGCUGCCAUAAUCAUUGAUCCUCUGGCGGACGCGGCUAGCCAACCAGAUGACGUUGGAGGAUGGGAGAAUGAAGACGACACAAGUGUGGAUGAAGAAGAAAGAUUACGCAUCAAAUUUAGAGAAGCGAAGAAAACCAAUGCUAGAAGGAAAAGCAAGGAAGGACCAGAGAUACCGAAGCACAUACCUAAUGCCGCUCCGCCAAAGCGAGUCAUUAGCGAUUCACAUUGGAUGAAGCAGAAAAAGAAGAGCCCGCCUAGGUCCGGAGCAGCACUUCCAAAGAACUUUUUGCAAACAACUUCGGCGAAUCCGACUGUAGACAAGAAAAUAUCCGACUGGGUCAAGAGAACGGAGAGUGAGGACUCUGGUGUAGAAAAGCCGAAAGAGAAACCACGGAGUAGGAAAACAUCCAGAAUAGACCUGCUCGGAAACGAAAAUCGGACAAAAUCCCCGCGCGACACUACACUCGACGACGGUAUUAGAAUUAAACCCUCGCCAGGACACUCACAUGACGAUGGUAUUCGGAUAAGAGCUGGUGGGAACAGCCCGGCAGACGAUGGAAUCAGGGUGACGCCCUCUAAGCGAAGGCCAAGGUCAAAGGAAACCCAAGACGAUAGCGAAAAGGAAGAUUUUCAACAUUCGGCGUCGAGAUCACGCUCCAAGGGUCGACGAUCGAAUAGGUCGGAAGAUGAUGGUCUUCGUGUGCAGCCUAAGAAUGAUGCUCAACAUGACGGAAUACGUGUCAAGCCCUUACGAGCAGACUCGGUGGACGACGGGAUUCGGGUGAAACCAUUGCGACAGAAGAGUGCUCAUGGAUCGACAAGGAAAGAUCAUUUGGAUGACUCUUCGAGCUCAGGGAAGCGGACUGGACAAAAUCUCAGAAUACCCUCGGACGCUACUACAAAACGGAAAACGAGCUCCCAUGUUGUAAGCGAGUCGAACGUGCCGGAAGACCAGUCCUCGAUCGUGUCAAAGAGCCCUUCAAGAAAUCUACGGUAUCAAAAGCAAACGGCUCAGACUCCGCCGGAGUCGUUAGCUGAUAUCCCGUUUGGAAAUUCGGCGUUUAGUGUUGUCGAAUUGCCCCUUGGUGCCGAAGCAGGCAACACUGUAAAAAGGCCUCCGCCGAAACGCAAUCCAAGCUUUGGCGGGGUGCCAAAGGCAUUAAAAAAGGUGUUCAAUGAGGGUAUGAAGAUUGCUCACGAUACAGUGGAACCACCGAGAGGUGGACAAAAUCAUCCCCCUAGCAUCGAGUCAUGGCUGAAAGGUACCUCUGACCCCUUUGUUGAUAAGCCUGGUUCGCCAAAGUCAACAUUAGACGUUCCCGACUCUUCCUCAACUUCCUCGCGAAAAGUCAGCUACAACAAGGAUGAUCUGUCCGAAAAAGGCUUUACAAUAAACCACGACAUAAAAAAACCAAGAAAUCGCAGAGAGCAAGAAUCCGACGGAGGAACCGAGGUCUCAGCCGACGAUGUCUCUCCAAUUGAGACCAGAAAGACUCGGGAGACCCUGCCUAGCAUGGCUCCAGUCUCACCACUAGCAUCACCGGGUGGGUUAAAAAGGACACCAGCUACUCGAAAUACUUCCUCGCCGAAGACUGCUAAGAAAGUGCCACUCAAAGACGCAUUCAUGGAUGCGUUUCGAGGAGAGUCCUCCACUUCACAUCCAAGAAAGAUGUCAAAUCCCUUCCUGGACAUUACGGGCCUUCGAGAGAGAGAAGUUGUGACAAAUCCCCGGACUGCUGAUCAAAGGAUCGCUCGAGACUUUGGCGACGAAGCAUUGGAUGAGACACCAACCAAACGUAGCCCAAAACUCGAGAGAGCAGCAUCUGAAGAAGUGAAAAGAGAGAAGCCACUUCCGGCAUUUGCUAGAAGGACAGCUCCAACUACCGGCACCCACAGGCUAUCAACUAUUCUGUCUGAAGUAUCAUAUAGCACAUCCUCGUCAGCUACAGGGACAGAUACCGGGUCAGAGGUAUCUCAGACCACAGUCACACAGGACACAGUACUUACAGGUCCUACCACUUCGAGCUUGUCGCGCAGUACACAUAGGAGCAAUAAGUCAGGUCUCAAGAGACGGUUAACAAAGCACUCAGAUCUGGUAUCAAUGUUGUCUUUACCUGAUGCCGUUGAGCCCGCAAGAAAGCAAAGCAUCAGGUCAGCAAGAAGCAUCCGAACCACAAGAAAUCACCUCGAAACAGCAACCGUCCAAGACCUAAUGCGAGAGCUGGUUGAGGAUGAGACCAAGUAUAAGCGAGAACUCAAGACCUUGGUUGAUGGUGUAAUUCCCGUAUUAUUGACCUGUGUUCUGUCAAAAUCGGAUUCUGCUCUCGCUGCUGGGCUUUUCAAUCCGCACCGUGACCCAUCUCAAGACAGCGCAAUCACCAAGCCUAUUGUGGAUAUGGGUGUUGCCUUGGAACGAUUGAAGAGUCUCCAUAACCGUAUUCCUCUAGCAGAUGCGGACGCGUUUAUUUCAUGGGCACAAUCAGCGCAUAGAACCUAUGAAGACUACCUUUCGGCUUGGCGUGCUGGCUUUCAAGACGUAGUCGUCAACCUUGAGCCAGCCACCUCUGACAAGCAACUUGCGAUAGAUGAGAUUGAGCGAGACGAGAAUGGAGAUGCGGUUGGUGCUAAUGGCGAAAGGGCUGAUGUGGCUUAUUUCUUGAAAAGGCCUCUUGUACGAGUCAAAUUCCUCGCUCGAACAACAAAGGGCCUCUCUAACCUUAUGAAAACCGCUAAAUCACAGAAGGUUGAGGAACAGUAUCAGGAACUUGCCCAGACCGCUCGGCGACGGCAUAAAGAAGAGAGCGCGAGACUCGAGGACGAAAAAGCAAACAAUACCGAUCCGACUCGAGCUCGCGACCCCAGAACUCUAGAUUUGGUCGAUGGUGUAAAGAUCGAUCGAACAAGACAGGUCUGUGCCAAGGAUAUCUUUCAUCUUGACCUAGAACAUUCAACCGGCCAGCGUGUAGGCUGUCGAGUUGAGCUCGUUCUACGUGAUAAGCCCGAUGAUGAAGGCGAUGUCCUCAUUUGCGAGAUGGACGAAUUGAGGCGUUUCCUACUUUUUCCACCAAUUGCUAAAAGCUCCAUCUCUGCUCGACUUGGUGACGGAAAAGAUCAAGUCAUCAUCAUGAUUAGAGGCGUGGUUGACAAUAAAGAGUGGCAUGAGCUGUUACUUCUCGAGGCCGACGACCCUGAGGCAGCCGAAGAAUGGGUGGAAUUGCUGGGGUCGGUUCCAUUGCCUCCGCCAAUUGAGACAAUCAUCGACAGUGGUCAACAACUUGAUGCCCUAGUCUCAUCGGUUGGCAUAUGGCAGGACAGAAGACAACACCUCAUGUCUGGGGGCUUGGGUCUCAAAGACAUACAAAUACCAAUUGGUGAAAGACUUCGACGUGGGGAAGAGGAGAUAGCUGAACCAUCCACUCCUGAUCGUAAGCGAGUGUCUCAGCGACGAGCUCCGGCUUCAUUUGGAUCCUUGCCAACGUCCAUCACAGAAGAGUCACUUCUAUCGGAGCCGGUUGUAGAUUUGAAUGAUGCCAUGAACAAAGCUGGGUCCCUAAGCACGCCAAAACGACCAAGAGCAGCCAGGUACCAUGACAGAUCCAGUCCCAUAAGGCCGUCGACUCCUAAAGAUUCAGCCGAUUUGAGUUCGGAGCAUUCCACGCCAACUCAAUCACGAGAAGACAUGAAGUCACUGGAAGCAUCUCAAAGGGAUCAGGAUCGUUUUGGCCCUCGAGAAGUGAACGUCCCCAAGAUACGUGCUUCAAGUACUCCGGCAAGCCCAGAGACUGCAAAGUCAAGCACCCCUCUUAAGGAAUAUAUGCGACCCCAAUCUUCACCUACCACGCCGACUCAGCAGGACAGCCCGCCUCCGCCUCCUCCUCAUAGGAGCCCAACACCGAAGGCACUUAAGAAAGCCCCAGUCUUGGACACAAAGGCUGCCCGUAAUCUCAACAGAAGGACCUCUUCACCACUUAAGCAUGAAUAUCAACCCUCGGAUGCAUCUGGGACCUCAUCUGCCGAAGAUUCUGACUCUGAAACUGAUAGUACUGGAUCGUAUUCAGAGUCAUCUGAUGAUGAAGAGCUUGAGUCCGUUCAAGAAGCUGGGCCUGUUCCUAUAUAUGGUAAGCGUGUAUCGCCUUCAGGAUCCAUUUACAGCCUUCCCAACACAACUUUGGCGCCAUCCAACUCAGCUUCUCAAGGCCCAUACCGUAAAGCACCUGUUCAAUGUGAUGCCAAGGACACAGAACGUCACACCGUGAUGAGUCUGUCAUACUGGAACGAAAAAGGUCAAUGGGUCGACAUUUAUUCAGGACCCUGUUCUUUGAUUAUCGGUCCAGGCUGGCUCCGCGCAUAUAAAAUGGACGACUACCAUUCCAAUCCUUACCAAGAUCGCCCUUACUCAUCUUCUGGAAGUGCUGAUGUUGAUCAUCGAAGUGACGCAGCUACACCAUUACCGCUCAUUGCUCAAGAGCUCACGCCAAAUGUCUUUAUGCAAAGACACACAAUCGACAUUCAUGUUAGGUCUCCUCCAAUGGCGGAGUCGACUUUGAAAUGUAAGGGAACUACGGUGCGGUAUCAUAUGUUGACACCUGUUGCUUGUGUUCAACUCUACCAGUCGCUUUAUGAGUCAAGUAAGAACAAUAUGACUUACAAUAAACUUGAAGAAGAAAGAAGGAUCAAUGCCUAUGGGACAUAUGGAGCAGCAGUUCCUAACAAUAGGCGCAACUCGUGGUUUGGUCGUCGAAACAGCUAUCGUGCUUCAGCUCGUGCCCCCUCAGAGAUGGUAUCAGAGCAAAGCGGUCGAUCCUCCCAGUCGAGAAUGUCUGCACUUAGACUUCGGUUAAGUGGUGGAAGCAUCUUUAAUAUAGCCAAAUCCUCCAUCGACGUCUCUCAAGGGGGUAACCGCUCAGGCACAAACAGCCUAGGCUCCUCUGAAUACUCCGGCAUCACUCCCCCUCGCACACCCACCAGCAUGUUCUCAGGCAGCGGCGGCGCAAACAUAGCCGACCUAGGCUCCGAAAACAUCCGCGUUCGUCUCUACCAGCUAGCCACAACCUCUAAAUGGGAAGACAAACGCUACGCCUACCUCACCGUUACCCCACCACCUCCUGGUCGUCGUCCGAACUCCACGCUCCGCCACGGCAUCGAGAAACACAUCAUCGUCACCCGUCGCGAACACAAUCACCGCGACGGCCCCGGCGAGGUCAUCAUCGAUGAGGUCCUCGGCGCGAAUUGCUUCCAGAUGGUCGGUGUUAAGGGUGUUAUGGUUACGAUUUGGGAUGAUAUACGCGGGCCUAAUGGCGAGAUUGGGCAGAUUGGCGCGAGUGGGGGUGUUGCUGGUCGUCAGCGCAAAUUUUUGUUUCAGACUAGCUGGGUGGCGCAUGCGAAUUGGAUUUUUGGGAUUUGUUCGGCGGGAAGGUAG